AAAUGCAAAGAUCUAAAGAAAAUAGAUCAAAAGACAUUUUAAAUGAUAUAAAAGAUAGAAAUAAAGAACCUCGAGAUUUUAAUAAGAUUCAUAAAGAAAAUAAAUUUUAUCAAUCAGAGUUGUCAUUAAAAGCAGAUAAAGAUUUUCCAAGAGGUGGGAAUGACUUAGAUAAUACUAAAAUAGAUGAUUAUUGUGGAGGUUUUAAAAGAGGUUCUCUUUUUGAUGUUAAAUUUAUCUUUUUUUUUGAUAAAAUAUGAAAAUUUAAUUUUUAAUAGGAAGAAACUCUAGCAAAAAGAAUAAAAGCAGAUAAUAAAAAGAAAAUCAAGUCUAAAAUAAAAAAUAUUGAAAAUAAUAUUAUGCAUGAGAAUUUGAAGAUUGAAAGUCUUACGUUUAAAACAAUUACUAAAGGUAUGAUUAUAUUAGGGCAAAUUGAAAAAGUAAAUUUUUCGGAUAUUGUUGUUUCUCUUCCUAAUAAUCUGGUUGGAUAUGUUCUUAUAGAAAAUAUAUCAGAAACUUUUUCUACAUAUCUUAAAAAAUCAAUUGAGAAUGAUCUAGAUAAUAUAUUGUCAUUGAAAAAAAUGUUUCAUAAGGGUCAGUGGAUUAAAGUAUAUGUUACUGCUACUUGUGCGAUAGAAUCGUUGGAAAACAAUUCGUUAACAUUAAAAGAUACUAAGCAAAAAAAGAAAAUUGAACUAAGUCUUGACCCUGCUUAUACGAAUGGAAAUUUAAAUUCCGAUUCUAUAAGUGUCCCCCUAGUUUUGCAAGCUUCAAUUGUUAGCAUUGAAGAUCAUGGAUAUAUAGCAGAUAUUGGUAUCGAAGGAAUUUCUGGAUUUAUUAAGAAAGAAAAUACACAAUAUUCUGAAUUAUAUGAAGGACAAGUUCUUUUAUGUUAUAUCAUAAAAAAUGCUUCAAAAGGACGUAUUGUUCAAUUGUCAACAGAUCUUUCUAAAAUAGCAAAAACACCAAUAACAAAAGUUUCUGAUAUUAAUGUUUUUUCUCCAGGAAAUCUUGUAAAGGUUAUGAUUUCGAAGAUCUAUCCUAAUGGUCUUUGUGGAAAAAUUAUGGGUCUUCUAAAUGCUACUGCAGAUAUAUUUCAUUCUGGAGACGUUUUAUCUGAUAUAUAUACUGAAUAUGAAGUUGGGAAAAUAGUUAAAGCAAGAAUUAUUUUUAAUUUUAUUGAUUCUGAACCUAAAAAAGUUGCUAUAUCCCUUCUUAAUCAUAUAAUAAAUUUUUCGACCAUUAUGCACGAAAAACAAUUAGAAAUUGACCUAUUAUCUUCUAUCCCAAUAGGAUUCAGGAUAGAAAAUGCAAUUAUUAAAAAAACUGAACCUGGAAUAGGUGUAUUUUGCGAUAUUGGAUUUAGAAAUGUAUUUGGAUUUGUUCAUAUAUCUCGUUUAUCGGAUAAUGAAAUAAAGUCUAUAUCGCCUACAACAGGCAAUUAUAAGAUUGGUUCUUCUCAUCAAGCAAGAGUAAUAGGAUUUUCAAACGUUGAUGGCAUCUAUAUAUUAUCUAUGCAAAGCAGUAUAUAUAAUCAAUCUCAUUUAAGAAUUGAAGAUUUCAAUAUUGCAGAGUUAGUAUCCGGGACUGUCGGGAAAAUUAUACCUCAAGGAAUUUUAAUACAUAUUACAGAAGGAAUUACUGGAAUUGUUCCUACUUCACAUAUAUCUGAUGUUUUUUUGCUUCAUCCAGAAAGAAAAUUUAAAGAAGGUGAUACUGUUCUAUGUAAAGUACUUAGGAAAGAUAUAGAAAAAAAAAAAAUAAUAUUAACAUUAAAAAAGUCUUUAAUUAACUCUAAAUAUCCAGAAAUAACUAAUUAUAAUGAUAUAAAAAUUAAUACAAAAACCGUAGGAGUUUUGCAAAAUAUAUUGGACAAUGGUGCUGUUGUGGAAUUCUAUAAUGGAAUUAAGUCAUUUCUUCCUAUUUCUGAAAUGAGUGAGGUGUAUAUUAGUGAUCCACGAGAGUAUUUCAAGAUCGGACAGACAGUUAAUGUAUAUAUUGUUUCUGUAGAUAUCGAUUCACAAAAAAUAAGAGUAAGUUGUAGAAAUCCAACAUUAUGGGAUGAAGAUAAGUCGGAGAAGUUUAAUAAAUUAGAACUCGGAUCAUUUGUAUCUGGUACUGUUAUAAGUAAUUCUAAUGAUAUUGUUGUUGUUUCUAUAGAUUCCAGUCUUUUAACUGGAAUUAUUGAAUUAGGGCAUAUUUCUGACGAGACUCUUGAUAAAUGUAAAGUUUUAAUUUCGAAAAUGAAUCAUGGAACCCAUUUAAAAAAGUUAAUUGUUUUAAAUAAAAGAGAAAGCCAACGAGUUAUAACUCUUAGUUCUAAACCGAGUUUUAUUAAAUUAUUAGAAGAAGGGAAUUUUCCAUCAAUGUUGUUUCAAGCAAAAGUUGGUUCUUGUCUUUCUGGAUAUAUAAAAAGUAUACAAGAUUAUGGAGUUUUUGUAGGAUUUCUUGGGAAUUUGACAGGUCUUGCGCUAAAACAAAAUAUAUCGGAUCAAUAUUUAGUUAAUUUGAAUUUAACAUUUUUUUUAAAUCAAACUGUAUUAUGUACAGUAAUAGAUAUUGAUUUAGAAAAAGAAAGAUUACAACUUUCAAUAGGACAGAUAGAUAUUUUCAAAAAUACGCCUCAAAGGCUAACUAUGCAAGAUUUUAAAUCAAAUUUAAACUUAGAUGAUAUUUUUGAAAAAAUAAUUCAAGUUAAAAUAAUUUCUGUUAAGGAAACUCAACUUAACGUUGAGAUAUUUGAAAAAUAUCAUGGACGAAUUGAUAUAACUCAAGUAUUCGAUUCUUUUGAAGAAAUUGAUGAUCCUCAAAAUCCUUUUAAAAAAUUUAAGAUUAAUCAAAAAAUUGAAGCGAAAGUAAUUGGUUAUCAUGACAUACGAAAUCAUCGCUUUUUAGCUAUUACUCAUCGAUCCUCAAACAUUCAUAAAAUCUUUGAACUUACAGCAAGACCAAGUGAUUUAAAAAAAAAAACAAACCCUUUAUUAUCUUCAAAUGAUAUUAAUAUCGGUUCAGUGCAUCUUGCAUUUGUAAAUAAUAUAUUUCAAGAUUGUAUAUGGGUUAACAUAUCACCUAAUAUUAGAGGAAGAAUAAACAUAUUAGAUAUUAGUGAUAAUAUUGAUAUUCUUCAAAAUAUUCCGAAACAUAUACAUAUCGGUUCAGCAAUUCAGUGCAAGGUUGUCAAAUCUAGUACUGAGAUUAAUUAUCUAGGUUUAUCAGUUCGAGCUUUAAAUUCAAAUUAUAUAUCUGAUUAUAAUUCUGUGGUAGUUGGUUCUAUAAUUCCUGGUAAAAUUAUAAAGACAAUAGAAACAGGCUUUAUAGUUCAAAUUAGCGAAAACGUUAUAGGAAAAAUUUAUUUAACUGAUAUUGAUGAUGAAUAUAGUGUGAAUUUAACUAAAAAAUACCAGAAGAAUCAAAUUAUUAAAGUUUAUGUUUUAGAUGUAGAUAUUUAUAAUAAAAAUGUUGCAUUGUCAUCAAGAAGUUCUCGGGUUGCAUCAUCAACAUUUAAGCAACGUGAUCCAGAAAUCAUUUCAUUAGAAGAACUUAAAAUUGGCGCGCUUUUUCGAGGUUUCAUUAAGAAUAUUGCAGAAAAAGGAUUAUUCAUAAGUCUGAGUAGAAAUCUUGUUGCUAGAGUUAGAAUUGAUGAAAUAUCGGAUCAAUUUAUUCAGGAUUGGAAGUCAAAUUUCCAUUUGUAUGAUCUUAUUGAAGGGAAAAUUAUUUCAAUAGAUGAGAAUAAAAGAAUUGAAAUGACUUUAAAAAAAAGUAAACUAAAAUCAUUAGAACCCUUAUUAGAAUUUUCAGAAGUUUCUAAAGGACAGAUAAUUGAUGGUGUUGUUAGAAAAAUUACAAAUUUUGGGAUAUAUAUAAAUCUUGUGGGUUAUAAUAACGUUAGUGGAUUAUGUCAUAUAUCUCAGAUUGCUGAUUCUAAAGUAAAAGAUAUUCAUAAGAUAUAUGUUGAGGGGGAUAUAUUAAAAUCAUAUGUAUUGGAUGUUGAUUAUGAAAAACGUCGGAUUUCAUUGGCCCUUAAAAGUUCUUAUCUUGGAACAAAGCAACAAUUAUUUGAUAAUAAUUCUGAUGAUGAAAUUAAAAGUUUCUCUGAUAAUGAAUUAGCAGAAAAUACUAAUAUUUCAUCUGCUAUAUCAAAUAAUAAUCAAACGGAAAAUAGGGAUUCUAAUAUUCAAAUGGAAGAAAUGGAUGAUUUUGUUGACGGUUUAUCCAUAGGAAAAUUCGAUUGGACAGGAAAUUUGGGGUUUGAUAGUAAUAACGUAAUUACUACACAGGAAAUCACAAACAAUCAUGUUUUAUCAAAGAAAAGAAAUAAGGAUAUUGAUUUUUCAGAAGAUAAAACAGCUAUUCUUAAUGAUUCAGAGCCCAAGACUCCUAUAGAUUUUGAACGUCUUUUGUUAGGCUCUCCAGAUUCUUCAUAUAUUUGGAUUAAAUUUAUGGCAUUUCACGUAGAACUUUUUGAAUUUGAUAAGGCAAGAGAAAUUGGUGAACGUGCUCUUAGGUCUAUAAAUUAUCGAAAUGAGAAAGAGAAAUCCAAUAUUUGGAUUGCUCUUAUGAACUUAGAAAAUACUUUUGGUACUGAAGAGUCUCUCAAUGAUGUCUUUAAAAAGGCAUGUCAAUUUAAUGAUCCAAAGUUUAUGAUGAAAAAUUUAUGUAGCAUAUUUAUACGAUCAAAAAAAUAUGAGAAAGCAAAUGAACUGUUUCAACUCAUGAUUAAAAAGUAUAAUAAGUCUCUUGAUGUAUGGGUAAAUUAUGCUUCGUUUUUAAUGGAAAAUAAUGAUCAAGAUGCUUCACGAGAAUUAUUUUCUCUUAGCCUCAAAAAUUUACCAGAAUCAGAUUUUCUUAAAGCUAAAAGUAAGUUUGCGCAGUUAGAAUUUAAAUAUGGUGAUCCAGAAAGAGGUAGAACACUUUUUGAAAAUCUUAUAAGUAACUAUCCUAAAUCUACUGAUUUGUGGUCUGUUUUUUUAGAUUAUGAAAUUAAAUAUGGUGAACAAAAUAAUGUUAGAAAAUUAUUUCAGAGAAUUUUGUCUGUAAGAAUUUCAAGUAAAAAGGCAAGUUUUUUUUUUAAAAAGUGGAUAAUAUAUGAAAAAAACCAUGGUACUGAUGAAAGUAUUGAAAAUGUAAAGCAACGUGCUAUUGAAUAUGUUUCAAAUUUUAAGUAA